AUGAAAUCCAACAUUACACAAAUUGCAUCUAUUUAUGGGCCGGUUGUCAAAAAACAAAAGCACAAGCUUGUUCAAAACACAAGUAUUAGUCAUGUGUCAAAAAACGAUCACUCUAUUUCAAAUAUAAGUUUAAUGCACAAGAGGCCAGUCCUGAUAAAAAAGGAUAAAUCUCUAAAAAUGCUCUCAGUUAUAAAGAGAAGAGAUUCGCAUACAAACCUAAGAAGGGAUUCAAAAUCAGUCGAGCCUUUACCAAUAAUAAAGUCAAUAACUCCUGUUCCUUCAUCCCCAAAAAAGCAACUCAAACUUUUAUCUGUUGAUAGUUCAAUAGAUGAAGAAUUCAAAAGACUUGACAAUCUUAUGAUAAGGAACCAAUCUGCGAGAAAUGACUUAUUAUCAAUUCAAAAACGUAUUUUAAGCCUCGGAGUCAAUAAAUUAAUCAAAAAUCGAAGGUUUAUGAGCAUUGGUGAUGCAUCUGAAAACAUCAGCUUUGAACAAAUAGACGAAUCGUUGAAAGAUCCUUGUGUUUUAAAAGCUAAACAAUUAGAACAUAAAAGUUCAGCGCAAAAAUUAAAACUACCUCCUUUAAGUUUGCUAUAG